CAUCUGUGAGGUUGGAGCAGUGUUUUCCCCUCUCUCUAGGCAACUAAGGAUUACCUAAGACUCGCGGGACUCAAGCGAGCUCGGGGAAUACUAUUCCUGUCAUACCUCCUGUAAUUGCGCCAAUGAAGUUAAUUGAGCUGCUGUUGGAGGAACUGGUGUGAAAGGCAUUUGGUCUCAUGUAAACAGGGAGGUGGUUUUGUGUCAGACGUGUUCGUGGAGUGCUUCUUCACUGCAACCCUCCGGUCUACCAACACAGGGUCAGAGAGAAACUUGGUCACGCCCAGCCCUUAACAUCUGGGCAGGUGCCUGGAGCUCGCUGCCUGUGUGGAAGCUCUGGCCCUGCAGUCUGUUGGCGCUAACAGUUAGUUCAUUUGAAAGGACUGGACAUCAGAAGUGGCCUUCCACCUCCUGUGAGUGCUGUGGGCUAUGGGAUGGAUGAGGCCGAGCAGGACCAGCAUGAGGCCCGACUCAAGGAGCUGUUUGACAGUUUCGACACGACUGGCACCGGGUCCCUGGGACAGGAGGAACUCACCGACCUUUGCCACAUGUUAAGCUUGGAGGAGGUGGCCCCAGUGCUGCAAGAGACACUGCUUCAGGACAACCUCUUGGGCAGGGUGCAUUUUGACCAAUUUAAAGAAGCAUUAAUACUUAUCUUGUCUAGAACUCUGUCGAAUGAAGAGCACUUUCAGGAGCCAGCAUCUGUGGGUGUCAGCUGCCAACAAGGAGCUCGGGUGUCCGGGCCGCUCCUGAGUACUCACAAGCUGACAUGCUCUCUCCUGAUGAAAGACUGCUCCCUAGAAGCUCAGCCCAAAUACGUUAGAGGUGGGAAGCGGUAUGGACGAAGGUCCUUACCUGAGUUCCAAGAGUCCGUGGAGGAGUUUGCGGAGGUGACAGUGAUCGAGCCACUAGGUGAAGAGGCUCGGCCUUCACACGUCCCCACCAGUGACCACGAUGAGCAUUGGAAGACUCAGCACAGCGAGGAGUACGAAGCGGAAGGCCAGUUGAGAUUUUGGAACCCAGAUGAUUUGAAUGCCUCACAGAGUGGGUCAUCCCCUCCCCAAAACUGGAUAGAAGAGAAGCUGCAGGAGGUUUGUGAAGACUUGGGGAUCACCCGUGAUGGUCACCUGAACCGAAAGAAGUUGGUCUCCAUCUGCGAACAGUAUGGUUUGCAGAGCAUCGAUGGAGAGAUGCUCGAGGAAGUCUUCCAUAAUCUUGAUCCUGAUGGUACAAUGAGCGUGGAAGACUUUUUCUACGGCUUGUUCAAAAAUGGAAAAUCCCUUCCACCGUCAGCGUCUACUCCAUAUCGACAGUUGAAAAGGCACCUCUCCAUGCAGUCCUUCGAUGAGAGUGGACGACGUACCACAACCCCAUCAGCGAUGAUGAGUACCAUUGGCUUUCGGGUCUUCUCCUGCCUGGAUGAUGGGAUGGGCUAUGCCUCAGUGGAGAAAAUUCUCGACACCUGGCAGGAAGAGGGCAUUGAGAACAGCCAGGAGAUCCUGAAGGCCUUGGAUUUCAGCCUUGAUGGAAAUGUCAACCUGACAGAAUUGACGCUGGCUCUUGAAAAUGAACUUUUGGUCACCAAGAACGGCCUUCACCAGGCGGCUCUGGCCAGCUUUAAGGCUGAGAUCCGGCAUCUGCUGGAGCGAGUUGACCAAGUGGUCAGAGAAAAAGAGAAGCUACGGUCAGAUCUGGACAAGGCUGAGAAGCUCAAGUCUCUGAUGGCCUCAGAGGUGGACGAUCACCACGCGGCCAUAGAACGGCGGAAUGAGUACAACCUCAGGAAACUAGACGAAGAGUACAAGGAGCGCAUAGCAGCCUUGAAGAGUGAACUCCGCAAAGAGAGAGAGCAGAUCCUGCAACAGGUGGGCAAGCAGCGUCUGGAACUCGAGCAGGAAAUCGAAAAGGCAAAAACGGAAGAGAACUACCUCCGGGACCGCCUCGCCCUCUCUUUAAAGGAAAACAGUCGUCUAGAAAAUGAGCUUCUGGAAAACGUAGAGAAGUUGGCAGAGUAUGAGAAUCUGACAAACAAACUUCAGCGAAAUUUGGACAAUGUGUUAGCAGAAAAGUUUGGCGACCUCGACCCCAGCAGUGCUGAAUUCUUUCUGCAAGAAGAGAGGCUGACGCAUAUGAGGAAUGAGUAUGAGCAGCAGUGCAGGGUAUUACAAGACCAAGUGGAUGAGCUCCAGUCUGAGCUGGAAGAAUAUCGUACACAAGGCAAAGUGUUCAGACUUCCCUUGAAGAACUCUCUGUCAGAAGAGCUUGAUGGUCACAGUGGGUGCACUGAGCCUGACCGGGGGCUUGGCUCUGAGGAAUGCAAUCCACUGAAUAUGAGCAUUGAGGCGGAGCUGGCCAUCGAACAGAUGAAAGAGCAGCAUCGCAGGGACUUGUGUCGCCUGAGACUAGAGCUUGAAGAUAAAGUGCGCCAUUAUGAGAAGCAGCUGGAUGAAACCAAGGUCGCCUGUGAAAAGGAGCAGGAGAGCAUGAGGCAGAAGUAUGAGAAUGAGGUGCACACCUUAGAAAAACAAAGAAGUGACCUUAAAAAAGAAAUUGCAGAACUUCAGGGCCAGGCAGCAGUGCUCAAGGAGGCACAACAAACAACGACCCGCAGACACGAGGAGGAGAAGAAACAACUGCACAUGAAGUGGGAUGAGGAGAAGACUCAGCUGCAGGAGAAGCUGAGGCUGGAGCACGAGAUGGAGCUCAAGGCUCGACUGGAGCAGGCGGAGGAAAGCCUCACCCGGGAGAGGGAUGGACUCGCUCAUGAGGGCGCCUGGACAGAGGAGAAAGUGAGAGGCUUGACUCAGGAGCUGGAGCACUUGCACCAGGAGCAGCUCAAAGGCCUGGUGGAGAAGCACACUCUUGAGAAAGAGGAGUUGCGGAAAGAGUUCUUGGAAAAACACCAAAGAGAACUUCAAGAGGGAAGGGAAAAAAUGGAAACUGAGUGUAAUAGAAGAACCUCUCAAAUAGAAGCCCAGUGUCAGGCUGACUGUCAGAAAGUCACAGAGAGAUGUGAGAAUGCUCUGCGAAGCCUGGAGGGCCGCUACCGCCAGGAGCUGAAGGAGCUCCUAGAACAACAGUGCGAGGAGAGAUCCCAGUGGGAGUUUGAGAAGGACGAGCUCACCCAGGAGUGUGCAGAGGUCCAGGAGCAGCUUAAAGAGACUCUCCAGAGGGAGAAAGCAACUUCUCUGGUCCUGAGCCAGGAGAGAGAGAUGCUGGAGAAAACAUACACAGAACAUUUGAAUAGCAUGGUUGUUGAGAGAGAGCAGCUCCUCAAAGACCUGGAAGAUCUAAGAAAUGCCUCUGAAAGUCAGCAAAGUCUGCUGUCCGAGCAGAUCCUCGAGCUGAAGAGCAGCCAUGAAAGAGAGCUGAAGGACCACGAGCAGGUCCUGUGCCAGGCAGGCGCCUCGGAGCAGCUGGCCACCCAGCGGCUUGAAAGGAUACAAAGGGAACAUGACCAGGAGAGGCAGGAAAUGAUGUCCAAGCUUCUGGCCAUGGAGAGUGCCCACAAAGUGGCCUGUGAGAAAGCAGAGCAAGAGAGGGCCAAGAUGAGCACAGAAAUCUCCCGGCUUCAGAAUAAAAUUAAGGAAAUGCGACAGGUGGCAUCUCCUCUCUCCAGGCUCCAGAGGAGCUGCCAGGCAAUGGGAGGGGAGGAGGCAGAAGGGAGCGGAGCCAUGUCCCUGCUCCAGCAAGGAGAGCAGCUACUGGAGGAGAACGGAGAUGUCCUCUUAAGCCUGCAGAGAGCUCAUGAACGAGCUGUGAAGGAAAACGUGAAAAUGGCCACUGAAAUUUCUAGAUUGCAACAGAGGCUGCAAAAAUUAGAGCCAGGGUCGGUCAUGUCUUCUUGUUUAGAUGAGCCAACUACUGGAUUUCUUGGAAAUUCUGUGGAACAGACAGCGCCAUUUUUACUGCAAAACCAAAUGGAGCAGGUGGAAGGUGUGGCCGUGCGGUGCGCCCCAGGUGAGCUGCAGGAGCCUGAGGUUGGGGACCUCGGAAGCACGGGGACCAGCUCUGCUCAGAGACAGCACGUCAAAGUGGAGGAGUCUGAAGCAACAAUAGAGAGUUUUUCCGAGCUUGGAAAUAGUGAGGAGACCAGGACUGAGACCUGGGACCUGAAGAAUCAGAUUUGUCAGCUUCAGGAACAACUAAUGAUCUUACGCGCAGACUGCGAUCGAGCUUCUGAAAAGAAACAGGACCUACUUUUUGAUGUUUCUGUGCUAAAAAAGAAGCUAAAGCUGCUUGAGAGAGUCCCUGAGUCUUCUCCCAAGUAUAGACUGUUAUACGAGGAUGCUAGCAGAGAAAACGACUGCCUUCAGGAGGAGCUGAGAGUGAUGGAGACGCGCUACGACGAAGCCCUAGAAAAUAACAAAGAACUCGCCGCAGAGGUUUUCAGAUUACAGGAUGAGCUAAAGAAAGUGGAAGAAGUGACUGAAACAUUCCUCAGCCUGGAAAAGAGUUAUGAUGAGGUCAAAAGAGAAAACGAGGAACUGCACGUUCUGGUUUUGCGACUUCAAGGCAAGAUUGAGAAGCUGCAAGAAACAUCGGUGCUGCCGUGUGACUGUGUUUCCUUGAGGGAGGCCUGUGAGGAUAGCCUGGCGGCGGACCCUGACGAAGAGGUGCUCGGCCUAAGUCAGACCCUGGAGGGUGUGCCAAGGGUGGUGAGUGUACACCACGUUAUAGAAGAACAUUACCAAGAAGGCCAGUACCUCGAGCAGGAGAACACACAGCUCCCGGAAGGAGGAAAAGCCCGUGAAAUUGCCUGGCUACACAGAACCAUCCAGACACGUCGGGAAAAGCCGGGAGUACAGAACCAGGUUACAAUGGAGGGAAACCCUGCUCUCCUCCACCUUCAGGACAAGCAUUUUCAGCAUCAGGCCACCAUAGCAGAGUUAGCACUGGAGAAAACAAAGCUGCAGGAGCUGACUAGAAAGUUAAGGGAGAGAGUCACCACUUUGGUUAAGCAAAAAGAUAUACCUUCUCAAGGAGAAAAGGAGGAGGAGCUGAAGGCAAUGAUGCACGACCUGCAGGUGACCUGCAGUGAGAUGCAGCAGAAAGUGGAGCUCCUGAGAUAUGAAUCUGAGAAGCUUCAAGAGGAAAAUUCUAUUUUGAGAAGUGAAAUUACUACUUUAAAUGAAGAGGAUAGCAUGUCUAACCUGAAAUUAGGGAAAUUAAAUGGAUCUCAGGAAGAAAUGUGGCAAAAAAUAGAAACUGUAGAACAGGAAAAAGCUGCAGUUCAGAAGAUGGUUGAAAAUUUAAAGACACAGAUUUCAGAAUUAAAAACCAAAAACCAACAGUUGAAUUUGGAGAAUACAGAACUUAGCCAAAAGAAUUCUCAAAAUCAGAAAGAAUUGCAAGACCUUAAUCAACAUCUGGCGGCAGUGCUAUGCCAGGAGGAUAAAGAGCCAGGACACAGUGCACUGGAGGAGUGGGAACAGGAAAAAUCUCAUCUGAGAGAAGAACUGGAGCGCUGUAAAGUCCAGUCCUCCACUUUAGUGUCUUCUCUGGAGGCAGAACUUUCUGAAGUCAAAAUACAGACUCAUAUUGUGGAACAGGAAAACCUCCUUCUCAAAGGUGAACUGGAGACACUGAAACAACUGGCAAAAUCCAGACUCCUAGAGCACAGAGUCGCUACUGUGAAGCGAGAGCAGAGGUCUUGGGAGCAGCAGAGCGAAAGCUUGCGGUCACAGCUGACGGCUUCCCAGCAGAAGGUUCAGAGUUUGGAAGACACACUGCAGAACGUAAACCUGCAAAUGUCCCGGAUUAAAGCCGACCUACGAGUGACUCAGCAGGAAAAGGAGGCUUUAAAACAAGAAGUGAUGUCUUUACACAAGCGACUUCAGAGUGCUGGUGACAAGAACUGGGCCCCGGAAAUAGCCGCCCAUCCAUCAGGAUUCCGUAAGGAGCCACAAAGCCUGCCUUGGGACAAACUGGAUCAUCUGAUGCACGAGGAGCAACAGCUGCUUUGGCAAGAGAGUGAGAGACUGCCAGCGGAGGUGCAGCACCCCAGCGCGGAGCUCGCACACUCCCGGGGGAAGGUCCGCCAACUGGAAUCCAACCUUCUUCCCCCCAAGCACCAAAAACAUCUAAACUCAUCAGGAACCGUGAAGCCCAUCGAGCAGGAGAAGUUGAGCUUAAAGAGGGAGUGUGAACAGAUUCAGAAGGAACUGUCUCCUACUAGCAGGAAGGUCAGUCAGAUGAAUUCCCUUGAACGAGAAUUAGAAACAAUUCAUUUGGAAAAUGAAGGCCUGAAAAAGAAACAAGUAAAACUGGAUGAGCAGCUAGUGGAGAUGCAGCACCUGAGGGCCCCUGUGAUGCGUAGCCCACCCCCUCCCACCUGGGACCUGCAGCUGCCCCAGCAGCAAGCCUGUCCGACGGUGCCCCGGGAGCAGUUUCUGCAGCUUCAGCGCCAGCUGCUGCAGGCGGAAAGGAUAAACCGGCACCUGCAGGAGGAGCUUGAACACAGGACCUCUGAGACCAGCACGCCACAGGGAAACCAGGAACAGCUGGUAACUGUCAUGGAGGAACGAAUGAUGGAGGUUGAACAGAAAUUGAAACUGGUGAAGAGGCUUCUUCAGGAGAAAGUGAAUCAGCUCAAAGAGCAACUCUGCAAGAAUACGAAAGCAGAUGCGAGGGUGAAGGAUUUGUAUGUUGAAAAUGCCCAGUUAUUGAAAGCUCUGGAAAUGACUGAACAGCGACAAAAGACAGCAGAAAAGAAAAAUUACCUCCUAGAAGAGAAGAUUGCCAGCCUCAGUAACAUAGUCAGAAACCUGACACCAGCACCGUUGACUUCUGCACCUCCCUUGAGGUCAUAGCAAAGCCAAAGGAUACACUCGUUUUUGUGCACUUUACUGAAAUGGAUGGAACAUUUCAGUACCUUCUUGCAACCUUUUUUUUUAAAAAAAAAAAAAUACCUUUAAUGGCUUAAAGUUAAGCCUAACCUAAAACGGCCAGCGACAGAGCUGGAGUCUCCAGUUAUUGUAGUUAGUUUUUCUAAAUAGACUCUGAUGAGAGUUGCAAACAAAUAUUCACGUUUCAUUGUUUGAAUUAUUCCCAAGUUUUGAAUUUUUUAAAAAUAAUUCUAAUAGCCACCAAGAAAGUAGAUACAUGAAAACAAUUCAAGAACCUUAAAACCCCAGUUCUAGAUGAGUUUUUAAAAAUUAUCAUUAUGUACAAAUCUGUGUGUAAAUUCCAGAUAAUUGAAGUUUGAGAUCUGAUUAUUUGGUUAUUUUAAAACAAAACUAUGCCUUCUUACACAUUUAAAUUUGGAAAAGUCAUUCUGUUUCUAAUAGUUGUGGUUCUUUGAAUUAAUUGGUAGACUUUCUGUUUGGUAACAGAAGCCGUGCUCAAUAACCACUGCAGUCAGAAAAGCCGAGUCCGUAGCACUCUGCCUUCUCACACCUUCUGACAGUAUUACCACUCUUGAUGUAUUAAAAAUAUAAAUCUAAUUUACUCAACUGCACUGUUAACUAAUGUUAAAACUUUUCUUUAAACAGACUUUUUUUUCCUUUGGGAACUUGUCUUCUGAGAAAUGGAUAAAGCCACAUUCUUACAGCAUUUGAGCUAUAGAGAAAGCACUGACAAACCAUUUUGGAGUAAACAGCUACUCUUUGAAGGGAAAGAAGCAAACCAUGUGGGUUUGUCUCUCUCUCAAGUCUUGGAGUUCAUGAACUUACAUUUGAGGUUGCCUCAAGAACUCAGGGAACAAUACUUUAAGCUGUCUUCCUGAAAUACUGUAGGGCUUCUUCAAGAAUUCACGAUGUAUAAACCAUGUGACCUUAUUUAUUUGUCUUUAGAGCGAUAGUGGGAUUUUUAUUUCUACAUUUUUAGUGAACUUACUCUUCUGAAACAAGGCCUUGAUUUUAGCGUUAAAAACCUCUUCUAAAUUAUGGAAGUUAUUAUUAUUAGCUUGUUUGUUUGUUUAAUAUAGGUCAAAAUUUCCACGCUUCCUAUUUCUCUAGAUCUCAAAUCUGACCAUAAGGAUUUCUUACUGUGAUAAGCAUUGGCAUGCUAUCUGAGGGAAGGGAGUGCCAAAUAGGAUUUUCCAUUCAGCUCAAGGUCAGAACUUUACAGAACAGUCAACAUUUUAGAUUGGAUAACAUUUUCUCCCAAGUAAAAUCGCUGCUUCUAGCCUGAAUCAGCCAGCAGUCGGUGGAAGACUUACGAGGUGCAGGACGCUAACAGAGCUCAUUGCAGUCACCUGUUUGUCUUCCUAGGAGAGAAAUUAGAUAAGAAAAAUUCACUGUGAUGUAUUCCAGGAAGGCCAACCCAUCGAUUUACGAGAGGUAUAACAGCAAAAUCAAAGACUGCUUUGUGGGCAGCAGAAAAGAUGGAGCAAGCUGCCUAAGGAGUUAUAUCAUGUCAGAAACUCAAUCUCUACAGAAUAGCUUGCAUCCAGGAACUUUGGCAUUCUUUGGGGCCUAGCUGUCUGCUAUGAGUCCCGCCGCCAACACAAGAGUCCUUCCUACAAGGCGCAGUGGUUUGUCGGACUGGGAGUUCACACUCAUGAAGCAGACUUUUUCAUUUUUGGACAGCUCUCAUCAGAAAGUCCAGAUUUCCCCCUGGAAAAAGAGUUGAUUUUAAUCCUUCACCCUACAAUUACACUUCAAAACAGCUGAUAUCUGCUAUCAUGCCUUCCCUAAUCUUUCUUCAGUGUAAACAUUGCUAGUAAACUCGACUACUUGUAGGGCAUUGGCUUUAACAGAGCAUCUUUUUCACUUAAAACUGUGGAUAGGUCUAGACUAAGGUCAUAAGUAAACUGACAUCUGGGGCGUAGUUUUGUGAUAUGCUUCAAGGUAUUCAGGGUUAUCGCCAUCAGAAGCGAACACGAGCAUAUUUCUCAACUAGCUGUUUUAGCAUAUGAUCACGUGUUGUAUUUUACUUUUGACAUUAUGAAAAGUAUAGGUUAAUUUGUUAUAAAUCUGUAUGUAUGUGUAUAUAAAGUGCUGUACAAUUAAUGUAAAUAUGACUUCCUGGAAAGUUUUAGACUACACUUAGAAUCCCUUUAUCCAAAAUCAAAAUGCUGCUCAAAUGAAAGCUAAUUUAACCAAUAUCUAGGUGCUUCAUUUCUUGCUUUACUGCACUUACGAGAUUGGAAAACAGAUCAACGUGAGAAAUAUAAAGUUCCCUUGAAUUUAUACAUUUGUGCUGCAGUGUAUCUUUGCAGACUGCUUUAGAGUGGGAAUUUAACUAGCAAUUUAUACUAUAGCUUACAGCUUUUAAAAGACCUUUUAAAGAGAUGAAAUUUAAGCUGUUCAAAUUAAAUGUUUAGAUUGUGCUUUCAGACUUUAUAAUAGAAUUCCUUAAAAUCACAAGUUAUGCAUUAUUUUAUAGAAAUUUAGCUGCUUAUUUGCACUGGCUGUUAAACUUUCUUUUGAUUGCUUAAGGACGGUUAUUUAAAUUAGUUUUAGAAGAUGGGAUCCUCAUUUCAAGGAAAGAGAAUCAAGUUUGCCUUUGUGAUAAUGAUAGUUGCACUAAGAAAAGGAAAAUGUGGAUGGUAAAACCUACAUUGUUCUGUUUUGCUUUCUUCUGCUUUUUAGAAGCCUGAACUUGCAAGCUCAAAUUUGCGAAGGGAGAGAAGUAGAGGGGAGGGCUAGGACCACCACAGUAUUUUAUUUAUUUUUCUAAAACUCUUAAUAAACUCAGAUUUUAAAAACUAUUUUAAAAGUGAAUCUUUCCCAGCAGCUUCCAGUGCAUUGCUAAUAUAUUUAAUCUGAAGCGUAUUUUACGUAAGUAGAUCACAAAGUCAUAGGCUGUCAAGAUAUAGGAGGAGCUCUUACAGGUCUAGUGUGUCAAUCAUGCACCAAUGCCCAGGGCAGAUAUUAUUAUGAGGAGCUUUUUUUUUUUUGAAGAAUGAGUAAGGCUUUAUGGCAGAUUUUAACACAUGAGAAUGAAUUUUUUAUUUGUGUGAUUUUUCUUUUUUUCUGAGUAAGGGAAAAGAGAAAUGUGUUGCUAUUGUUGGCAUCUUAAAGGUACUCCCAAUCAAGGCCAGGCUGGGUGCUUUGUAACAGUAUUAAGCAAGUCUGGUUUUGAAUGGAUUGCCUGUAACGACUCAUUGGAAUGAUAUAAUUAUACAAGUAAUGCCAAAAACCAAGUCAAAGCCUAAUAACCAAAGCAUUCCAUAUUUAAAACUUAUUCAUUAUAUCUUGUUUGGACCUAUUUGAACAUCUCAGCACUAUGAAAUGAUUUUGGUUUUAUGGCAUAUGGAUAGCUGUUUAAUAAUAAAUCCAAGUUAGCUUUUUGUUUCUCAGCUUUUUUGAAUGAUGUAAGUUAAAUUUAUUCUUAUGAGAAGACAUUAUCACAGCAUGAUAGACGGGUACAUUGGUUUUGUGAAGGAAAACCUGAGUUCAUCUAAAGCCGUUGCUAGGAUUCUUUUCAGAUAAAGAUGAAUGUAUAUGUGUUUAUAGUGACUUUGUGUAUUUCAUCUUAGCCAUUCUAUCCUAGAAACAAUUUAACGUGAGCUUAAAAUGUAAAUAAAUACUUUUGCAAACAUG